AUGCGUCCCAAAAAUCGAACCCAACACUUGAGGGCUCUCAAUGCUGCCAAAAAAAGAUCUCAUCAAGAAGUAGAUAAUAAUGACAGUGACAAUGAUUCAGAUAAUGAUACUAUUUGGACGAAUGAUGAUCUUGAAAAUGAGUUAAAGGAUGCUUACAGUCUAAUGCUAAAUGCUGCAGCAAAACCAAAUACAUUUAAAAUAACUGGCCGGAAAGGGUUUUAUGUUGGAGCUGCUAAAUCUACAGUUUGCAAUAAAAAAAGAGCAUGGCGAUUGGCUGCAGAGGGAUCCAAAAAAAUUGAUAAUUUUUUCCAACCAUUGCCCAAUACAACUGCAGAUUCGAUUCAACAAACAAAUAGUCCAGAGGUUGAUAACUUAUAUCUGAAUUAUGAUUUCUUGAGUGAUGAUGAAGAUGUCAAGUUUUCUCUUGAAGAAUUAGAGAAACAAAUCAAACGUGGAAUUAAAGAUAUUCGGUUACAAUACGUUGCGCAAAUGGUUGCUUGUCGUUAUUUGGAGUGGUGGAGUAUUGGAUGGUUGGAUAGUGCCGGUUAG